UGCUGGUGGGGGAGGGAGCAACCGAGCGUGUCGGGUUAUUGUGAGGAGACGCGCGGAGAGGAGGCGGAGGACGGCGGGCGGGUGCUGAGGGGACCCGGAUGGUGGAAGCCUGACGCAGAUACAGCUUUCAUUGUCAUUUUGCAUCUAUAUAUUGCUUUGUGUCCUCUCACCAGCAGAUCAAGUAGGAAGAUUAAACACUUUAAGAUGAGAAAAGUUGAUCUCUGUUUGAGCUCUGAAGGGACUGAAGUUAUUUUAGCUACAUCAAGUGAUGAAAAACACCCACCUGAAAAUAUGAUUGAUGGAAAUCCAGAAACUUUUUGGACCACCACAGGAAUGUUUCCCCAAGAGUUCAUUAUAUGUUUUCACAAACAUGUGAGGAUUGAAAAGCUUGUAAUCCAGAGUUACUUUGUGAGGACCUUGAGGAUUGAAAAGAGUACUUCUAAUGAGCCAGUUGAUUUUGAGCAAUGGAUUGAAAGAGAUCUAGUACAUACAGAGGGGCAGCUUCAAAAUGAAGAAAUUUUGGCAUGUGAUGGCCACGUCACUUACUUGAGAUUCAUUAUUGUAUCAGCCUUUGAUCAUUUUGCAUCUGUGCAUAGCAUUUCUGCAGAGGGAAUGGCAGUCUCAAAUCUUUCUUAGUAAUUAUAAUAUACCCAUGCACUAUUUUUUAACAGUAUAUUUAUUUAAACAUGAAGUUGUCAUUAUUAAAGGAAUUUGUAUCAAUC